AGUCUUAUCUUUGGACUAGGUCAAAUAUAGUCAACAAAGGGAACAUGAAUUUAAUAAUAUAUAAUCUCGUCGGCUUCAUUAUUUUUGGUACCGGAAAUGCAGAUACUGGCAGACAUCCAUAUUUCCCUGUAUCAGAGAACAGUGAAGUGCUCGUAGCUGAUGGCGACCACAUAGGAUUAAAAUGUGUUCCAGAAGGCAAUCCUAAACCCCAGGUCACGUGGCAUCUCCCCGGUAAUUUGACAAGAAAUAGUCCAGUGGUCAAGAGUCAUGUCAGUUUUCACUAUGAAAAUGUAGAAUUAGAAAUACAAAAUAUGGUUCGAGAGUUACAUGGGUCCUAUGUUUGUCUGGCACAUAAUUCUAUAGGAACUUCAUCGUACACAUAUAUCGUCAAGUAUGGAAGAAUAACAAGCAAGGCACCAGUUUCAAUCACUACACCACCGAUCAUCCCAAUGCGGAUCAAACCAGAUGUUUUCCUAAAAUACACUGAACAUAACGUGACUGAAGGUGACUCUAUGCUGGCAAUACCAUGUGCUGCAAACGGAAUACCAAAUCCUAAAAUCACGUGGUCAGCUAUAGGGUCCAGCAUGCCAUCUAAUGCUAUGCAAUAUCAACAAUUUCUGAUCAUCCGAAAUAUCCGCCUAGAUGACAGUCGGUACUACCUUUGUACAGCUACUAACUCAGAAGGAAAAGCCUCUAAACCUGUGCAUAUAAUAGUACGUCCAAAACCUCAUGUGAAACCAACAGUGACAUUACCACCAAGUUUACAGGGAACAUACGGUACAACUAUAACAUUAACAUGUAACGUGACAGGAUACCCAACACCAGAUAUAAAAUGGUAUUUUAACGGCAAAGCUUUGUCAACAAAAACAAAUAAGUACGAAAUACAGAAUGCGACGUUAGCAGAAAUGGGAGCUUAUACUUGUGAGGCAACGAAUGACGCUGGUACAAGUAGGACUGAUGCAGUUUUUAUAGUUCACGGCACUGCACCAAGCCUGAAAACUACGCCACCACAGUCUGUUAUGGCGAGUCCAAACAAUCCUCCAAGCUUUACCUGUCGAGCGUCUGGAGAUCCGGUUCCUACAAUAACUUGGGAGUUUAAACCGUUUGUUGGAACAACUAGCAAUACAUACCAUGCUGAACUUUCAAAAGACCAUACAACUCUUACAUUACCAAACAUAACUAAAUCUGGACUUGUAACUUGUACAGCAAGUAAUCCAUUUGGGCGUGUACAGGCGUCCUCCUCUGUAAUAUAUACCCCUGAUGAUGAAAUAUACGGACAAACAUGUGCUUCAUGUUCAGGUGUAGAAACCUCUAGUGAAUGUGAACACAAUACUAGAUGUGAUCCCAAUGAAGUGUGUUCCGUGCAUUAUUACGUCACAGAAUCAGGAAAGUCCCUGUUUGAUUAUGGAUGUGCUGUUCCACAGAUCUGUCUACAAAGUAUUGGUUCUAUUUUUGGUAGACGAUCAGAAGGCCAUCACGUAAAAUGUGUCAAGUGUUGUAAUGAAACAAUAUCAUGUAAUCGAAAUCUGACAUGUAGCCAGAAUAGUUUACAAAAUUCAUCAUUUCCAAGAGAAUGCUCAGACAUUAAAGGUAUUUCAAAAAGUGGUGUGUAUACAAUUUAUCCAUUUGGACAACCCACACCACUUGUUUUUGUAUUCUGUGAAGUUGAUGGAAAAGGAAAUGUCUGGACGGAUAUCCAGAGGAGAAUCGAUGGCACUGUUGAUUUCUAUAGAAACUGGACUGAAUACAAAAAUGGCUUUGGUAGUCCACAAGGGGAAUAUUGGAUUGGAAACGAUAUAAUACAUCAGCUAACAUCAAAUGGAAACCACAGAUUACAGAUCAUUAUGACAGAAUUUUCAAAUGUUAUGUAUCACGCAAACUAUGACAGCUUCAGUGUUUCGAAUGAGACGAAUGGCUAUACACUUUCUCUUGGAAGUUACAGCGGAAAUGCAGGUGAUUCUCUAACCAGACAUAAUGGACAAAAAUUCUCGACAGCUGAUAGAUCUAAUGACCCUUCUGGGGGCUGGAAUUGUGCGAAGCAUUAUCAUGGAGCUUGGUGGUAUGCAGCAUGUCAUAAUUCAAACCUAAAUGGGAAAUAUUCCCUUACAGCUGACUGUCCAUAUGGUCCAUUGUACUACUUAUUUCAAAUGCAGAACCUACAAGAAUCUUGUAGUUGUGCUGCUACAAGUACAGAAUAUCGUAUUGAUUUGAUUAACUUACACAGUGGAUAUAGCGAAAAAGACACCGAUUUUCAAAACAGAUACGAUCUUGACCUACCUAAUGUUAACUUGGAGUGCAUCAGAUGCUGUUUAUUGUAUUUAAUAGAAAGGAAUUACCACGUUCAGGAAGGGUCGCGUCAUUUUGUUACAUAUCUAACAUUACCGCUUCAACCAGGAACAGCACUGUAUACACCAGACAUUACAGCUUUUCUGAACAUUCCGACUGGUGGAGGAAGAAGAGGCCAGAUAGCUACUGGACAUGAUUUGAAUCUUGGUAAUGUUUCAGUUCGGGCUUUUCAAAGUUCGAGAACAUACCAAAUGUAUUCCCAAACUAGAAACUUAAGUGUCGGAUUUAAUGCUCAAGUCCGCAUGGAAAGUGUUGCAAUUGAUGUUGUCAAAAGGCAUGAACUUAUUGAUAUUCAGGUUAAUUAUGCUGUUGCGGUGUUAAUAGAGCAAUACCGUGAAACACGUGAUAAAAAUACUUUACUAGGAUGUUGUUCGAUCCGCCCAGCACCAGUACCAUAA